AUGAUCAGCCCUAGCUACCCCGUUUGUGCCUACGCUGCCCUCUCCCAGAAGAGAAUUAUUGCUGGAAUCGCUGCUGAAAACACACGUCAAACCAUUAUCCGUAUUCUUCGGGAGAAAUCAAGUGUGGUUCAUCAGCUGGUUCUCAACAAAAACCAAGUUUUCGAUCACGGAUUUCCGGUUGAAAUGGGAGAUCAAGUCUACAUUCAACCGAAUGAAUUCCAACGGAAUCAAGAAAUGUACUAUGCUGAAAAUGAUACUUUCCGUGUUUGCACCAGAUGUCAUUCGACAUUCCACGUGGAGAAGGACGGAUCUCAGAUACUCGUUUCGAAUGAAUUAAUCUGUCAGGAUGUUGAUGGAAACGGAUACAACUACCACAUCCACACUCAGCAACCAAUGGAAAACCUCAAGAAAUUCAAGAAGGCGCCAAAAGUGAACGAAUGGAACAUGGAAAUGUCUGGAAAACUGUUUGCUAUCGAUGUUGAAUCAGUCUACACGACCAAAGGACAGGAGGUUGGACGAGUCACAAUGGUGGAUUUUCUGGGGACGACUCUUAUCGAUGCAAUCGUGAAACCUAAGAAUCCAGUCAUCGAUUAUGUCACUAAGUACUCAGGACUCACCUCGGGCCACAUGAAAUACGCGACGGAAACAUUGGAAUCAGUCCGUGAGAAGAUCUUCGACCACAUCAAUGAGGACUCUAUCCUUGUGGGUCAUGCUUUGAACGGAGAUCUCAAAUCACUUCGGAUUCUCCACUCCAAUCUCAUUGACACAUCGAUCCUCUUCGAAUCCAAUGGAAGGCGUCCCUCACUUCAGAAACUGACCUCGACCCAUCUGAAUCGAGAGAUUCAGAGUUCUGCUGGAGGACACUGUUCGAAGGAAGAUGCGAUUGCUUCUCUUCAUCUUGUCUACUUUGGACUCAUCAACCCUUCUCUUCUGUCUCCAAUCUUUCGUGUCUCUUGUUCUAUUCUCUAA